AUUUUCCGUUAUAUAGAUUUAGUUGAUCUGGCAAGAUGUGCUCAAGUUAGCCAAACGUGGAUGCUAAUAACUCAGAACAGUUCAUUAUGGAGUGACAUCAAUUUUUCAUCAGUGAAGCAUAAAGUUCAGGACCAAAUAGUAGUAAAUAUUUUGCAGAAGUGGCGUCCAUAUGUAUUACGUUUGAAUCUUCAAUGUUGCUAUUCUCUUCACUGGCCUAGCUUUAAAAUUAUCAGUGAAUGUAAGAAUUUGCAAGACUUAAAUCUCUCUGAAUGCCAGGGAUUAAAUGAUGAAUCGAUGAGACUCAUAUCAGAAGGUUGCAGAGCUCUUCUCUAUUUAAAUCUGUCAUAUACAGAUAUUACUAAUGGAACACUACGACUAUUGUCGAGCAGCUUCCCCAAUUUACAGUAUCUGAGUUUAGCUCACUGCAGAAAAUUCACAGACAAAGGUUUACUGUACCUGGGCUCUGGAAAAGGCUGUCACAAGCUCAUCUAUUUGGACCUUUCAGGUUGCAUUCAGAUUUCAGUUGAUGGCUUCAAAAAUAUUGCCAAUGGCUGCAGUGGGAUUCAAGAUUUGCUAAUCAACAAAAUGCCAACUCUUACAGACAGAUGUAUUCAAGCUCUGGUUGAAAAAUGCCAACAGAUAAAGUCUGUUGUCUUUCUUGACUCGCCACACCUUUCUGAUACAACUUUUAAAGCCCUUGCUGAAUGUAAACUUGUCAAGGUCAGCAUUGAAGGGAAUAACCAAAUUACUGAUUUAAGUUUCCAGUUGAUGAGUAAAUGCUGCCCAUACAUCAGGCACAUUCAUAUGGCUGAUUGUCAGAAGAUUACAGAUACUGGUCUUAAGAUGAUUUCACCAUUGAAGCAUAUUCUUGUACUGAAUGUAGCGGACUGCGUAAGAAUCAGUGAUGGAGGCGUAAGGCCAUUUGUACAAGGUUCUUCAGGAGCUAAGCUAAGAGAGCUGAAUUUGACUAAUUGUAUUCGUGUCACUGAUGCUUCUGCCACAGAAAUAGCACAAAGAUGUCAUGAAUUGACCUACCUAAAUCUGCGUCACUGUGAAAAUGUGACUGAUGCUGGAAUUGAAGCUUUGGGAAAUAUGUCAUCAUUGAUAUCCAUUGACCUCUCUGGAAGCAGCAUCUCAGAUAUGGGCUUGAGAGCCCUUGGCCGCCAUGGAAAAAUAAAGGAACUUUCUAUAUCAGAAUGCAAAAACAUCAGUGAUACUGGGAUUCAGGAGUUCUGCAAGGGCACAAAAUAUCUGGAACACUGCCAUGUCUCUUACUGCCCUCAGCUGACGGAUGAAGCUGUGAAGACAAUGGCACUUCACUGCCACAGACUAACAUCUGUCAACAUAGCGGGUUGCCCAAAGAUGACUGAUACCUGUAUCCAAUACUUGGCUGCAGCCUGUCAUUAUCUCCACUUCUUGGAUGUCUCAGGUUGCAUUCAUCUUACUGACAAAGCGCUGAAAUAUCUUUGGAAAGGUUGUAAGCAACUUCAGAUUCUCAAGAUGCUGUACUGUAGAAAUAUUACCAAACAAGCCGUCUUGAAAUAUACAGCCAAAUUGGAGAAACAAGAACAUAAUGAUGCUGACCCUCCAGCGUGGCUUGGAUAUGACCGGGAUGGUAACAUAUCACCUUCACCAAAAACACGCAGUCUCAAUAAACAAAUUCUUGAAAAUGAAAGAUGA